CAUGUAAGCAGCCUGUGAAAGAUUACUUCCCACUCUCAACAGGAAAUGAGCGAAACUUUGCCAAGUUGGCUAGGGUUUCUGCAAACCAAACAACUCAGUGCUGCAUUCCUAACCUCUCUUCUCCAUCUGACUCUGCACCUCUGCCCCCAGCACCAUUAUCCAGGAUGAGGGCAACCCUCCAAUAACAAAACAGCAUGCACUCGUGAUGAAGACGUGGGAAGGGGCGGUAAAAUUCGGUGAAAAGCCUGUUUCAGUCAAAGGUGGUGACUGGGCCAAAAGUGUCAGAAUACCAUGUGAGAGGUGGUGGUUGUGCUAUUUCCUGCCCAGCGAGAUCUGCAAGAUACUACCGUUCUCACGAAAGAGCCUCUGCUUGAGUGCCCCUUCCAUUACCAGCUGCCAAACCGUCUCCCUCCCUUGUGUCCAAUCUCUCCUCAACCUCAAGGAGACAGGGUAAAAAACAGCUGUGUCUUCCUGAUGUCACUGAGCUAUAGAGGAGUCCAUGGGAAAACAAAGGACAGAGACUGAGACUGAAGCUCACACUUGGCCAGGAAGCGCCUUACCCAUUGCAGGAGAAAGACUGCUCAGAGGAGCCUGGCACUCGCUUUCCUUCAGGUUCUGCAAUAAAAUAUUGGGUGAAAUGCCAUCCCUGGGCAUUACAGUCUUCUGCUUCCUGCUUCUAAUUGUCACCACGUCUACCCAUGCUUCGAUGGAAGUUAAUUUUGACCCAUUCCUCUCUCUCUCACCUGACGGCGAAAAUGGAACCAAAGAGAAUGUCCCAACAAAGCUGCACAGGCAGAAGCGACAGGUAGCUACAUUUGGCCUUUCCCCUAUGGAAUACAAGAUUGACAUUGAGAUCAGUUAUACAGAUCCAUCUCUCUUGGAAGCCAUCAAAGAUUAUUUCAAGAAUCUUAGUUUUCCAGUCAUACUAAACACCUUAGAUGCAGCAAUGAACAUUUCAAGCCUCAAUGUUACUACAGUAUGCAGUCUCACCAAUAAUAAUGAGACCCGUUGUUCUUGUGAAAGUGGGUACAGAUGGCCAACUGCAGUGUGCAGUGCCAACACAAUCUGUCCUAGUACCAUCCCAACACAAGAGGAGAUCUGUGACUGUAUCACACAGGUGCCUUCUCAAGGAUCCUCUUGUCAGCUUCAGCCUAAAGGUCAAACCAACUUCUCUGUGUCCCCUGAGGACAUUUUCCAGGGGGAUACAGUAAAAAUGAAGUGUGAGCUACGGUUGGAUGCAGGGAAUGUGACCUGGUAUCAUUCUGGACAUGUAAUCUUGAAUAGCUUCCGGCAUUCAAUAUAUACAAUAAUUAUAGAAGAAACUACAAAGUCAGUUCUGGAAAUUACCAGUGUUACACAGGAUGAUACCGGUCCUUAUACUUGCGUUUUCAUAGACAGCAGCGUGAACUCCACAUUGGAAUUUAAAGCAACACGCAAUAUAACAGUAGCUCCAAUAAACAUCGUGCAAUCAGGAAACACUGAGGUUAUAUGUAACGGUACCAAAGUAUCGCUGAGCUGCUGCAUUGAUGGAAAUAUACAAUCCUUUACUACUACCUGGAGGCCAAAUACAGGCCACUCUGGGAUUGUUUAUUUCAAUACAGGAACCAUCAGUUUCACUCCAAACUGUACUAAGUACACUCUCCAAGCCAAUCAUUCUCAGUGCCCAAGCCCAUCUGAUAGUGAGAUAAUGUACACGUGUGAGCUGAGCACGGGGAAAGGCGCCAUCAGAAGUAAAACCAUCAACGUGACAUAUUUACGAAUAGCAAAUCUAAAAAUAUCUUCAAGCACAAAAGCUCAAGUUUCUGAGGGACACAGUUUUAAUCUAACAUGCACCAACGAUGUGAGCAAUUGCAACAAUGUCAUCUGGAAAAUCCAGUCUCAAAUGAUAGACUCUCGGCUAUACAGCUGUAAGAACUCCACAAGCGAAGCCAGGUCCAUACUCACAGUGAACUCUGCCACUCAGGCCUGGAAUGGCACCUAUACGUGCACAUUAUUUCAGAAGUCUUUGUCAAGUUCUGCUAGUACAACGGUUGAGAUUGUUCCUCUGCCUCUGAAACAGAAUAUUGUACUGGAUCCCAUUCAAGGAUUUAUACAAUGCAAUGUACCUCAGGUCCUAAAGUGCUGCAUAAACGGAACGGAAAACUAUGAUGUUACAUUCGCAGUUCAACAAAGGGAAUUUAAGGGUGUGAAAAACACACAAGGUAACCAAGUGUGCUACACAUACAGUUACACAGAAAGCUGCAACUCAAAGUCAGAUGUCGUGGCAUAUUGUACCUUUGUUAACCGCAUUCAAGAUAAGGUCACAAGUUCACCUAUGAAACUAAGUAUUAUACUAGAAAAUAAAGUUACGUGCUCAGGCAGCAUUGGUGUGGGACAGCAAGGAGCACAGAUAACAAAACCAUGCCCAGCGUCUCAAGGUGUGAAUGGCAUGAGCAUCACCGUUAGAGGGACUGUAAUCUAUGUGUGUAACAACAAAAACUGGGAGGUUGUGAGAAACAGCUGCAUAUCUGACCGAAUAAACACACUGCUCAGUAAUGCUGAGUCUUUGGUGUAUGGUCCACAGGCAGAAGAACAGCUACCCACAUAUCUUGAGACUCUUCAUAAUACUACACUAAAGGAACAACAAGAAAUAAACACUUCACCUGCAAACCUGGUGGCAGUAAUUACCAUUCUGGAUUUGGUUUCAAAGAUCCCAACAGAAGCAAAGCCACACACAAUGGAAAAUUUCCUCUCUACAGUGAACAUUAUUGUCGACAAUUCCACAAUACCUGCCUGGAAAGUUCUGAACAAUCAGCAAGCAGAGAACAGUUCUCGGUUACUGAAUUCAGUGGAGAAAUUUUCCCGGUCCCUCCGGCCAGCUAAUAAUACCAUUCCUUCGAUCACCAACAGCAACCUUCAGCUGCAAGGUAUAGUUAAAACAGAAAAUAGCACGUCAGACUAUAAUAAGAGCUUUACUUUCUCCAAUUCAGCAAACCUCAGCGGUAAUGUGCUAAUUAAUAGUAAUAUCAUUAAGAAAUUGGUUGAAAACUCGACCGUCAUCUCCGUGGCUUUCUCAACCCUCAGAUAUAUUCUGCCCAACCCCAAUGAGACAGAUAGGGAUGUGAAUGGCUUGGUGAUGAUGACAACAAUGAACAGCACGCUCUUUCCGGAGUUCCAGAUCUCUCUGACAUUUGCCAAAAGCAAUUCUUCCCUGAAAGAGCCCCAGUGUGUCUUCUGGAACUUCUCUCACUCUGCUGCUGAAGGAGGAUGGGAUGACACUGGUUGUGACCCGAAGGAUGAAGGAGACAGUGUCAUUUGCACCUGCAAUCACUUGACUUCGUUCUCAAUUCUGAUGUCAUUCGACCAGGGGUCCUCCCCUUCUGGAGCCGUACUGCAGUCACUAGAUUACAUUACCUACAUCGGCCUGAGCAUUUCCAUAGUGAGCUUGAUUAUCUGCAUAAUAAUUGAAUCCCUGGUAUGGAAAUAUGUGACCAAAAACAGAACCUCCUACAUGCGUCACGUCUGUAUAUUGAACAUAGCUGUGUCUCUUCUGCUUGCAGACAGCUGGUUCGUUGUCACUGCCUUCAUACAAGACAAAAAGGAGCUAGUGAAUGGGAAUGUCUGCAUAGCUGCCACCUUUUUCAUUCACUUGUUCUACCUCAGUCUCUUUUUCUGGAUGCUUGCCCUGGGCCUCAUGAUCUUCUAUCGCCUUGUCUUCAUUUUACAUGACACUAGCAAGACCAUCCAGAAAGCUGUAGCAUUCUCUUUGGGAUACGGGUGCCCUCUUAUUAUAUCAGUCAUCACCAUAGCUGUCACUCAGCCGCAUAACACUUACAUGAGGGAAAAUGCCUGCUGGCUCAACUGGGAGAAAAGCAAAGCUCUCCUUGCCUUCAUUAUACCCGCGCUGAUCAUUGUGGCUGUGAAUUCAAUCAUUGCUGUUGUAAUCCUAGUCAAAAUACUAAGGCCUGCCAUUGGGGAGAAGCCAAGCAAGCAGGAGAGGAGCUCCUUGAUUCAAGCCAUCAAAAAUGUUGCCACUCUGACGCCGCUAUUUGGCCUUACCUGGGGAUUUGGAGUCGCAACCCUUAGCAAUGACAGCCCAAUAGUAUUCCAUAUACUAUUUACUCUCCUCAAUGCUUUCCAAGGAUUAUUCAUUCUGGUGUUUGGAACUCUCAGGGACAAGAAGGUAGUAGAAGCCUUGCAGAACAAAUAUUCACUUGGAAGAUGGAGUACGCAGCAAACAAAGUCAACGUCCCUGGGUGAUUCUACCCCCGUGUUCUCCAUGAGCUCUCCAUUCUCAGGAGCACUAAACAACUUAUUUGGCAAAGCAGGAAAAUACAAAAUUUCUGCCACAGAAGCAACAGGUUCGUUUGGUGAGCACACCUCCAACAUAUAUUCUGAGCUUCACUGAUGUGUUGCAAACGUUGAACCAAGAAUGUGUGAAAGGACCUGGGUCUUUUUGUGAGCCAUACGUCAAAAGAAUGAAAAAAUACUCUAUGAAUCAUAGAGAAGUGGACAUCACCCAGACUGCACUGUGCCUUGGUGUGUUCUUUAACAAGCGUCCCUUCUACUUAACCUGUAUGGAAGUUUCAGGAUGUGGAAUGUUAAAGAGCACUAAUGCUAAAAAAUUUUAAACAUAUUCCGCAUAGGCUCCCCUUGAUCUCAGUGACAGUUGAAGGCGGUCAGCAUCAACGUGGAGGUGCUCAGCACUGCACAGAAUUGAGCCAUGACACUACAUGAUAAUACACUUCACAGGAUCUUAAUAAUUUCACUUUUCCAAUUUUCUGAAUGAUGCCAAAUGCAUACAUAUAUACACAAGUGCAUCCCAGCUCAUCUACUCACUCCUGUAGGGGGCAGGUGGUUUAGUAGUCUAAAUUUCUUGCUUGAGCUAUCUAGACUUCCUGGAAUACCAGGUUCAAACCCUAGAUGGGUUAGCUCAGAGUGCUGACCUUCUGAGACCUGGAGUACCCUGAUGAUUACUACAGGGAGGUCUGUCAGAGAUGUGACUUACUCUGUGUUUCUUACUCUGGUUUAACACUGAAGGCCCCCUAUGGGACUUUUGUAAGAACAUGAUGGCUUACCUUAUAUCCCUAGCUAAAAUUCCCCCUUCCUCAUGGGUAUAUAUUGUGUUAGGAGAUGGUUGGUUGCUGCACUCCACCCCACAGGUGGCUGCAUUCCUGUGGUGUAUGUAUAUAAGGUCCCAUCAUGUAAGCGCUCAGUGAUCUUCCAUUGACCACAGUGGUAGGCCCAAACUCGGAGGGCUUGCAGGAUCAGUACUACCAUAAAACACUUUGAGUGCCAGGCAGGAUGAAAGGUGUGUAAAUUAUUAUCACAGCGCUGAAUUUGUAGCUUCACAAUUGUUUCCAUGGCUGCAGAUUUUGAUGUCUUAAACCAGGAUUACGAGAGUUGCCUGCAAAACACUCAUGGCCAAAGACAACAUUGUUUGCAAUAAAAGGAACUCUUCAUGCAAAAUUUGGCAUAAGGUAUUUCACAAAUUCACCCAGUUCUGGAUUAGGGGCCAGAUUCACCACCAUUAUCAGUGGGUGCAACUCCAUUUAGCCUCAGUGGAAUUAGGCCCACGUACGCAUGUGGCGAAUUUGGUCCUGUGACUGCACUGUAGGAUGAAACCUGUGUUGUGGGGAGAGAGAUGUCACUGUUACACAGGGGUGUGGGAUGGUAGGAGAAGUAUUGGUCAAGCAAAUUCUUUAUACCGACAGCAAUUUACUUUUGCUUUAAAGUCUCCUCCAGUGUGAAAGUUCUUCUUUGAAAUGACCUCCUUAUUCUCAGAUCUUAGAAUAGGUGUGAAGUAUUGUAAGUGGGUUGUAGCUUCAGUGGCUAACAGGAAAUGGAUCCUGCAUUAAUGAGAACACUGCUGUGUGCUUGCCAGAUUAUUCCAGCCUCAUAAUGAGGACAAAGACCCUACUUCAGAAGAGUCCAUCCCUAUGCUGCUAAAGCACAGAGCAUGUGCUUCAUUUCAGGUGCUUCCUUCAGUCUCAUUGACGUCAGUGUGUUUCAGGGCUUUGCUGAGCAGGGACAGGUUGAAAUACAUGCUUCAGGGCUUUGCUGAAAAGGGACCGAAUGGGGAAUAUGUAACAAGCACAUCCCCAGCACAAGGAUGUGGGCUAAGACUGCAGUCAAGAUUCUCAGCCCUGCCUAAGUUCCCUAAAGCUGCCUCAAACGGGCAGCUGAGCCCCCCCCUAUGCAAGAGCAGUGCCAGGCCGUGGAUCAGGUGAAAGCAUCAACCCUGGCCUGCUGUGCUAAAUUUGUGACCUUGAACUGCUGUCAAUAACCACAUCCACCUCUAGGUGUGCCCCUCGCCAGCUCCCCUGCAGCAUCACUGCAAGGUGGAUUGUCCUCUGGGAAUGGGACUUUAUAGCAGAUCCCGAUGCCUUCAUCUGUCUGAGUGUGCGAGAGCAGCUGCCUGUGCCUGGUUAAGCAUGGGAUCAAAAUGCUUUUUCACUGAUUAAUGGUCCAGGACCUUUGGGAAGCUGGAGUGGAGAUAAUGAUUCUGAUUUGCACUACAUGGCUGUGCAAGGGGGAAAAAGGGGUGGUGAGAUCUCCCUUUGGCCUUUGUAUGGGCUGCUUGGACUCUGGGUCCAAAUGCAUAAGAGCAAGCAGUAUUCCUCUCUCCCUCCUUUUCUGGAGCAGGUGGCCUCGAAUGCUCAGAGCCUUGGUUCUGCCGCUCCAACUUGCUGGCCACAGUAGCAGAGCUAACACACGGAGGGUGGCAAAGGAGGGAAUUGCGACUCGAAGGGGAAUCUUUUGACACAGUGUUCCCCAGUGCUACCUGCGUAUGCCUAAAGUGCAGACUUAGCCUAUCAUCUGUAAAAUGCUUUGAAAUCCUGCAGUAUGAAAGGUGCUACAUCACAUACGACAAAUGUCAGCCUUAUAGCUGUGAUUGCGGACAUUCUCCUACAUAGAACUAACCUGCAGAAUUAGUAUUUGCUCAACAAUUCUGGAGUUUAUACACUGUAAAAUUCACAUUUCAUUGCUGUGAACUAUGAAAACUGUUGUGCCGUGAUUUCUUCACAGAGCCGCCCGGAGGAUUCAGAGGGCCUGGGGCAAAGCAAUUUGGGGGCCCCCUUCCAUAAAAAAAAGUUGCAAUAUUAUAGAAUACUAUAUUCUCGUGGGGGCCUCUGUGGGGCCCGGGGCCUGGGGCAAAUUGGCCCCCCUGGGCAGCCCUGUUUCUUCAUGACACUGUCAUGUACUAGCCACCUAAGCUUAGAGUAGGCUUGUUACAUUGCCCCAAGGAAGAUACAUUUAUGCAACAGCUGCAUUUUAGAAAGGUAAGUUUGUCAAGAAAAAUAAAACCCACAUUUAGCAGUCACACAGUCUCUUAAGGACUGACAUAAGCUAACGGGUUGUUAAACAACAUUAUCUACCAUCUGUCUGGAUAAUCCAGCUUUCUUUCCCUAGAUGGGGAUUCAGAAUUCAAAAAUGUACAAUAAAGUAUAUUCAAAAUCUAGGGGAAAUUUCCUUAAUCACCUCCCAUUCCAUUGCUUAAAAGAUUUUGCUUUGGGUCAAAUUCCGGUAAUUCCUGUGCAGCUUCUUUCAGUGUUAUUUUACAACCCUUGCUUUUUAAAAGAAGUAAUUGUUAAUGUCUUCCAUUUGUAGGAUACUGUCUAUAGUACUUUACAAAUGACAGCACUUUAUUUUUGUACUAUGAUUUUCUCCCUAAUACAGUAACUCCCCACUUAAAGUCGUCCCGGUUAACGUUGUUUCGUUGUUAGUUGCUGAUCAAUUAGGGAACAUGCUCGUUUAAAGUUGUGCAAUGCUCCCUUAUAAUGUUGUUUGGCAGCUGCCUGCUUUGUCCACUGCUUGCAGGAAGAGCAGCCCUUUGGCGCUACCUGGUGGCGACUUGGAACCAGGGUGGACCGGCAGCCCCCUCCCUCCUCCCCUAAGUUCCCUGUGUGGCAGCCACCCAGCAGGCUAUCAAUUGCCAGGCAGUUCAGCUGUCCCUCCCACCACUGUCAUGUGCUGCUCCUGCCUUCUGCCUUGGAGCUACUCCCAGGAGUCUCCUGCUUGCUGUGCGGGGGCGGCGGGGGGGUGAAGAGUGGUGCUAAUGUCAGGGUGUCCCCCUCCCCCCUGCUUCUGUACCCCCAUCUCCUGUACCUUAUCUCCACAGGGAGGGGGGACACUACAGGGCUCAGGACUGAGAGUGCUUGCUGGCAGCAGUUGCUGUCUCAACGUGCUAAUCUACUUAAAAAAGCAAUGCACUUAGCGUAGGGUCAGCAUACUUAAAGGGGCAAUGCACAUCUCUCUUUCUCACACACAGGGUGUGUGUCUCUGUCUCUGUCUGCCACGCUGUCUCCCCUCCCUCCAUGCGUGCUGCCUUGUAGAGUGUGAAGCGACAUUAACAACAUGUUAGCCCUUGAGUGCUAGUUCAUCAUUUAGCAGUAAGACAUUCCCUGGGAAAUAUCCCACCCUCUGACUUCACCAACUCAACCAAGCUUCACACUCAUCAUUGCUGUGUACAGUAUUUAAUU